UUUCAAACUAGACUGUGUAUUUAUAUGCAUUUCCGGUCUAAUCUACUUUUAAAAAUUUGAGCAUAUUUUUCAGUAAAAUGGUCAAUCCAAGAGACUCAGGAACAAAUCAACGGUUGAAACAUUUGCAUGCAGUUACAGGCUGAACAACAUUUGUGAAUCACAAUGUUGAACAUUAAGAACUACAAGCCCAUUGCUGAAACAUUGGGUUUGUGCUGUAUUUUCGUCACACUGGGAUCUUGCAGGGUUAUACUUACUAAACUAUCUGUAAACAAAGAUGGUCAAUAUGACUACAUGCCAGUGACAGUUAAUGUCUGCGCAGAGUUCAUCAAACUAACUGUUUGCCUCCUACUGACAGCCAAACUAGCAAGAAAAGACAAAUCGGUGUGUAUACAGAGCAUUUCCUGCAACAGAGCAGGGAUCUUAGAUCUACUGAAGUGGUCAAUACCAGGAGCUUUCUACUUUGUUGAUAAUCUCCUUGCAUUCUACAUCAUCAAGUAUUUUCAACCAGCUGUGGUUGUACUUCUGGGGAACUUUGUAAUCAUCACAACAUCAUUGCUAUUUAGGCUUGUCUUAAAGAGGUUGUUGUCGAGAAUACAAUGGGCAUCACUUCUUGUGUUAUUCUUCUCAAUUGUUGCAUUAUCUAAGAUUUCUCAAUCGCAUGUGCCAAUAGAUGGCCACAGACAUCACAUCUCCGAUCACAUUUUCGACAAAUCUCCACUGCAAUCAGAACAAAAUGAUACAAGUCUUAAUAAUGGAUACCAAUGCAUCCCUCAUCACACACAAGUUUCUGUAUCGACCGACCAAAACAUUUCACAAGAAGUAGGUGUUCAACUUCCAGAAUCCCCCAAUGGAAUUGAGUUCCAUGAAGGUCACAUGUUGAUCAUCCUGCAGUGUUUUAUUUCCUCAAGUGCUAAUAUAUACAAUGAGAAGAUAUUCAAAGAGGGAAAGGGACUAGAAGAGAGUAUAUAUAUCCAGAACAGUAAACUAUAUGUCUUUGGUGUUUUCUUCAACUCCAUCACCCUUUUCAUCAUCAACACCUACAGGAUCCGCUUGGCCAACUGUGGCCUUUUCACGGGACACAACAUAUACUCCGUUCUGCUGAUGUUCACCAAUGCCUUCUACGGGCUCAACAUGGCAUUAAUCCUCAAAUUCAGGGACAAUAUGUUUCAGGUGUUUUCAAAUCAAGUUACCACUGUUGUAGUUGUGUCAGCAUCUAUGUACCUAAUGGACUUCAAACCAGGUUUGGAAUUCUUUCUCAUUGCUCCAAUAGUGCUGUUAGCUAUUUUUAUUUAUAAUAGUGCUAAAAAACAAGAGAGCUCAGAAUCUGUUGCAAUAGAUUGUAAUGAUCAUGUAUACAAUGUCAUUCCGUCAGGUGAUAAUAUUGGACUUUUGGCAGAGGGUGAUUAAAGGAAUUAAAACGAACAACCUUUUUCAAAAAUUUUUUUUAUUUUUAUUAAUUUUAAAAUCAUUUACUGGUAUAUUCAUAUUUCUAACUGAGGUUUACAAUCCACAAGUUUAAUACGUCAUUUUUGGAAAGCACAGAUUUUCUUGGAAAGUACAGAUGUUGACUUUACUUGUCCUCCUUAUUCACAUUUUCAGGGUGGUCAAAAAUGGAAACAUUGACGCAAUUUUCCUCAACAACCUCUUUGUUAUUUUAUGGAAUUAUUUCCUGAGAUUUGAUACAUUUGUACAUCAUUCAAUUGUCAACCAGCCUUCUUUAUUUCCUGACCAUCAGACUGAUAGUCACA